UUCGCACCCUCGGCUACGGCACGCGCGAUAGCCGCGUUCUCGUCCGAACGUCACUUCGUGCGUAUGUGCGUGGACGCGGCCUUUUGGGCGAGCAAGAAAGACCAACCGGCCACCAUCUCAAGAAAUACACUACCCUCUACAUCUGAUUGUUCUUUGAUCAAAAAAAUAAGAAAAGUGCACAAAUGAACAAUGUUCUGAGGUUUCCCGAGUCGUUUACAGGUGCAUCUGGUGGACGGAAGUCGAGUUCAGCAACUCGCUUCUAUUCUCCCUGUCCUCCCAUCCCUCUCCAUCCUUUGAUCUCUUUUGUUCUUCCUGGGAAAGUCACAAAAAUUUUCUGGGGACAUAUCCUAAAGCUCAAACCUGAAGCGUGACUCCAGUACGUCAUCGGCCUAUACCGUUAUUCAUACACAUAGACGUAUGACAGCAUAUAGUUUUUGGCACUCGAAAAUGCAGAGACAAAGACUAAGGCCACGGCAUUCGCGGAUGGAGAGGCUACCCCUGCACAUCGGCCUCUUCCUCGUUUAUGUUCUCUUCCAACUGGUAACCAGUGGCUUCUCAUCGUCAUCGACAUUACCACCACAAGCAUCUACUAAUGCGGAUAAUGCUGGUGCCAAAGGCCCUACUGUUACACCUGCACCAGGUUUGACUUCUUCCAGACCACCAGGACAAAAAGAAGAGGUGCCUGGUGAGGUGACAACGGAAUCGCCUAAAAGUGACAAGGGGAAGGGUGAGGCAACGACUACUAAGGAGGGACUGGAAAAAGCAACAGUCCAACCCAUUGAUUCAACAACACCAAAGUUCGAGGAGCACCCAACAUUACGUCCCUUACGAGAGAACUGUUCACCCCCAGCUAUAGAACAGUUUCCCAAUCCUUUGAUAGGUCCAUCAGCCAGGCGACACGGUGCCAUUAUAAUUCACGUACUUCUAGCUGUUUAUACAUUUCUCGGACUUGCCAUAGUCUGUGAUGACUACUUUGUAGCUAGCCUUGACCGGAUAUGUGAAGAACUAAAAUUAUCCCCUGACGUAGCUGGCGCUACUUUCAUGGCUGCUGGUUCUUCAGCUCCAGAAUUAGCAACCGUAAUAAUAGGCGUAUUUUUUGCGAAGGACGACAUUGGGGUGAGUGGUGUAAUUGGCAGCGCAGUCUUCAACAUAAUGUUUGUAAUAUCUGUGUGUGGUCUCUGCACUACGACUGUGUCCAAGCUCAAUUGGUGGCCACUGUGUCGCGAUAGUUUUUUUUAUUUUAUAUCCAUUCUUGUUAUGCUUUUUACAAUUUCCAACAAAUAUGUUACUUGGGGCGAGGCACUGUUCAUGCUGAUAAUGUAUGUAGUAUAUUGUGUGGCUUUAACUUUCAACUCAACCUUAGAACAAAUGGCCAAGGUUUACACCAAGGACAUUACUUGGCUACCCAAGUACGAAGAACAACCAGCUGAACAGAGUGCCCUUGUGACCUACAAGAAUUUGCAGGAGGAACGUCAAGGCUACACAGAUCCCAAUACAACAGCAGUUGACAAUCUCAAUCCAAACGAGGGCUACUCUGAACGUAACGAUGCCGGUUAUAAUAACUGGCAAGAUCCAACCAUGGCUGCUGCGAACCAAUGGGAUCCCAACGCUGCCUGGGGUCAAGGCCAGACUGAACAGUGGGAUCCCAAUUCAGCAUGGAGUCAGCAGCAACAACAACAAGAUCAUUACGGUCAGGAUUCGUACAGUCAACAGCAGCAGCAUCCAGAACAGCAGCAAAUCCAACAACAAGAGCAAACAGUACAAGAACAGCAACCAGUUGGCCCUCCAGCACCAAAAUACUAUAAGGCCAAAGAGCCCGAUCCAAACGAGGUCUCACCUCUCGUGAAGCCAAUUGAUGGUGGCACUUGGGGCAUCUUUACCUGGGGUUUGGUUUAUCCCAUUCACUAUAUGUGCCUGAAAACUAUGCCUGACUGCCGACAACAGCAGUACCGCAACUGGUAUCCGUUCACUUUUUGCAUCUCAAUGAUCUGGAUAAGUUUCUACAGCUACAUUAUGGUUUGGAUGAUCACCAUUAUUGGCAGCACACUAGGUAUCCCUGAUACAGUAAUGGGCUUGACCUUUGUGGCUGCUGGAGUAAGUGUACCUGAUGCAUUGUCGUCAUUAGCCGUAAUCAAGGAUGGUUUAGGCGAUAUGGCCGUGAGCAAUGCUGUCGGCAGCAAUGUCUUCGAUAUUCUUGUCUGUCUUGGGCUUCCAUGGUUCAUCCAAACCGCUAUAAUUCAGCCAGGCUCGCAUGUCAAUGUUACAAGUAGAGGUCUGACGUACUCCACAAUCUCGCUAUUGUCGACGGUGGUGUUUCUUGUUGUGGCAACACACUUUAAUGGCUGGAAGCUAGACCGACGCUACGGAGUGGUACUGAUGGUUUGGUAUCUGCUCUUCAUAGCCUUUGCUUCGCUUUAUGAGCUGAAUGUAUUUGGUGUAAUGAAUCCACCAACCUGCCCGAGUAAUUAUUAAUUCAGCCACGACACGGUAAAAAGUUGUCCUAGCCACAUGCGUACGAGUACUAUUUGUGUUUUUGUCCUGUUUACUCAUUAAAAUUAUCACUGUGUGUUUAUUUCGCAAAUGUCCCACCGUUAAUCAAGAAAAAAAAGUUUAACGCUAUAAAAUAGUUAGUUACUCGAGUUUUUUUUUUGCUUAAAGCCAAAGUUAUAAGAAUAGAACAAGUAUAAGGAAAAGUAGAAGUAAAUUUAAAUUAAAACUACAAUGUUAAUUAUCGAGUCUAUUAUUCAGAAAACUUAAAGAGUCAAUAUCUAAAUAGAACGUUGAAUAAACACGUUAAGUAAUCGUUAGUCAACAGAAAUAAAAGAGUUAAAUAUUAAAAUGUAUGGCUGGGACCAUAAAGUAGGAAAAACAAUGUUUAGAGAUUAUGUUAAGAAUUGAAGUAUAAUAAAUUGGAAGCAACAACAAAAAUUUAUAACCAGUAAGAGAAAGCCAAAGAUUACUGAAAAACAUUUAACAGUAUUAAAAACCGAUUAAGUAAUUAUUUAAUGAUUUGCAACUUUAUUUUAUUUAUUUGUUUACAUACUUUGUGAGCCAUAAACUUACUGUUUCUUUUUAUGUGAGCUUAAUCAUAAUUAUAAGAAAAUCUUCUUCUAAAAUGUGUUUUACUUUUUUGGCUUAUUUGCGCAUAGCUUUCUUUUUUUCAUGAUAAAAAAAGUAAAUUGGCGAUUUGGAAAAACAAAUGUAUACUUUAUUUACGGCAAUAAUUAGUAGUACUUCUUUAAUUUGGAAAGUUUUUCAUAGGAUUUACUGUAUAAUUUUUGUGCUUGAAAAAAAACUUAAACUUCAAACUUUCAAGAAUAUUGUGUGGCAGUAACUUAGAUUAAAAAAAAAAUAUUUACUAAACAUUACAACAGAAAAUUAUCCCAAAAGAGUGUAACGACGAGUAACUUAACGCUAUUUAUAUAUUUAUAAAAAUUGUUAGUCGAUUUAUAAAUAUCAAGAAUAUAAGAGUGAAGGUACAACCACCUGACCAUAAUGUUCUUGAAUUUAAUUAUGUUUUAAAAUGUUGAAUUGGUGAAUACUAUUUAUAAAAAAGACUUUAUUCCACUAAAAUAAGCGUAUUGACAAAAAUAAAAUAACAUCGAAGAUUGUGAAAAGAUUCAUGCCUAUAUAAGCCAUUCAUUUAAAUAAGUAGAUACAUUGAAAAACUAAAAGACAAAAUUGAAAAAAUGUUAUUAUCUGUAUAAAUGUGAUUCUAGCACUGUGUGUGGGUGUACUUUUGACUUGAAAUUUGCGAUUUUAUUCUAACAUAUUGUUUAUUAUUGCGUUUAGGCAUAGUAAGGUAAUAAAUAGGUGUACAAAUGAAAUAAAAUAUAUAACUCAGACAAAAAAACAUGUGCUCGAAUGUAUACAAAUAAAAUGCUUACAGUUUAAAUGUCAACAAAAAACGUACAGUAGUAGAAAUUUAAAAAAAAGAUAGCUCUUAUACAGGAAAAGACUUGUUAUAAUGAAGAUAAAAUUUUGAAAAAGUUUCGAAGAAUUACAGUAGUUAGACUCAUCAUAAACUGAUAAUCAAUUUUUAUAUUUACAUCAAUAAAUGAAUAGAACAAAGAGUUGUAAGGUGCAACGAUUUUUUGGUAUAAUAAUAGUAAGAUUAGGACAUUGGGGUUUGCUAAAAAAAACCUGACAACAUGUUUUUACUUUAAUUGUGUUUAUGCACAUCGUUAAAAAAAUAAAAGUGAGUUAGAUCUGAAUUGUAAUAAAUCGGCACAAUGGUUUUUAACUAUAACAACGUGGCUCUGUAUUGAUAAAUCAUAUUUAGCUAAGACUUGUAUAAAAGAAAAGUAUCUGAAAUAGUAAUUUAACCUGCUAAUGUGUUAUGUAAAUUAUAAAAAGAUUUUUGAAACACUGCUAAUAAAUACAAAAUUCAGAGUAAAAUAUUCGAAAGGCAAUAUGAAAGAGACGUACAACAGAUGGCGUAACGAAAAAUAAAUAUAGAAACGAACGAAUUUCAAAGGCUAUAAAAAAUAUCUGCGAUACUGCGACUGCAGUUUUCAAGGGUAUUUGAUUAAAUAAAAGUGAAAAAAGGGUGAGAGACAAUAAUUGAAACAGCCUUAAUCGAUGAAAGUAUCAAUAAAAAAGUUUUGCGCGUUCCUUGAGAUCUCACAAAAAUAUAAACAUCAUUUGUUAGUUUUCUUUAAGGAAUAUGAUCACAACUACGUCAUGGACAUUGAGUAAUUAAAUAUUUAUUUACUUAGAUACUCCAAAAAUAUAAUUUUAACUCAAAUAGUUUUUUUUUAUACAUUCUAAAAAAGUGAAGUGUCGAGAACCAUGCUUUAAAAUUUUGAAGUACUUUUUUAAUAGUUGGGUCAAGUUUAAUUACAAAUAAUUAUCUUAAAAUGUACUUUUUUUGUUUAAAAAACUCUUUUUAUUUCUCUAUUAUGAUACUUACUUUUUCUUGACGUCGAAAUAUUGACGCGUAUACAAUUUUGUGGGACUAACUAUUUUUCUAUAAGAACUUUCGUAAUGCAUUAGUUUGUCUGUUAAGUAAAUGGCACAUGAGAUCGUGUUAAUCGAAAGGAUCGCGCAUUUAUACGAAGAAAAAGAUAUCGGAUUUUCGGAGUAUAUCAUAUUGAAUUUUUAUUGAAGGUUAAUUCUCAUUAACACCUGAUGUCAUAUUUAAAAAAAAGUUUAAGUAUGUUCGAAUAAAUAUUUUUUUGUAAUACACUUACUAUGCAAGUGAAAUAUCUAAUGUAUUGUAAUUAACAAAAAAAGCCUUUAGUUAAUUAUACUUCGUCUUCGUUCCAUUUUUGUGCAAAUUGAUUAUUUAUUGGUUUUUUGAUUUAAGUCCAUCCUACGAGACUACCUCAGUCAUCUCGGACAUGAACAUAAUGAAUUUCAGAUUGUGCGAAAUCUAGCUUGAAUAACAUACACAUGAAAUAAUUGAAAAAAUCAGUUAACGUAGAUUUACACUUGAAAAAUAGAUAUAAAAUAUAUCGUUCAAAAAUCACCAAUUUCGCUUCCUCUUUGCCAACCUGUAAUCUGAUACACACACUUCCCAUGUUACUAUAGUAGUUAAUAAACAAUACUGUGUUACUUACUUCACAAAAGUAUACAUCAUUUGCGAACCAUAUAGACUUUAAGCUACAAAUAAAUGCUAUAGUUGUAUAUUAAAAAACUAAAAAUACUCUAUGCACACAUUUGUAGAUACAAAAGUAAUUUUUGUUGCUGUAAGUCAUCUUUUCCUAAAACUCAUGCUUGAAUUACAAACAAGAUUUAUUCUACUAUUUAAAAAGAUUGCUCGUGUCAUAAUCAAAACAGGCACUUGACUUAAAAUAAUAUUUGAUCACUUUUCGACAAAUUUUUUUCAAGAACUAUGCAGUAUUUUUUGUGCCAUUUAAAAAAUUUUUGUUUUCUCGUUAAAACGUACAACAUGAAGUCGUGGCUUUUUUUUUCCCUGCAGUGAUAUUUGUUGAGAGUAUACUUAAAAAAUAAACGUAUAUUUGGAAUAGAAUUUCCAAAAUUUGUUACUCAUAAUUUUUCAACAACUAAACUGAUCAAAUUCAAACAGUUAAUGUAUGACCAAAAUUUGUAUACUAUACAAUUACCUCCCAAAUUUAUAAUUUACAAUCAGAUCAAGAUGAAAAAAGUCAUGGUCACAAAUCAAUUCAGCUUCCUUCAGUAAGAGUUGCCAACUCCAUAUAUUAACUAUGAAACUGGUAUCCAUACAAAAAUUAAGGGCUUCAAAAGAACCUACAACAAAUCAUAAAUUUUCAGAAUACAAAGCGUUCCUUUUCUAGUUUUCCGCGAUUGAUUUCUUGAUCCACUAUUAACGAUUCGUAGCGUGUACAUUAAAAUUUUUUGGAUGUGACUAAUAUAACGCUUUCUAAAUUCAAAACACUACUGCUGAAUUUUAUAUCACACUUAUAGAGGAAGAUAGAGUAAUUGUAUCCAUAGUUUUUUUUAAUUCAUAUCAAUAAUUUAUUUUGUUGCUUGUAUUAAUUAAAAUCAAUAACUGAAAUUCUUAAAUGUAAAAAAAAAAACUGAAAAAAGAUAUAAAAAGGGAUGAUGUUAUUGCAUUAUCAUACAUAUGUAUUUUUUUUUUUUUUUUUAAUGUUAUAAAAGAGUCACAUGCCGAUAUCAUAAAAAUAGCCACAUGUUUAUUUAAAAACAAAAUGUAAAAAAAAAAG